GCGGCCGGGGACGCGGAGGGGACGGGCGCUUCGCAGGCCGCCGGGUGCACCGAGGCGGCCCCGGGUUGGGGCGGGGGACCUGCGGCAGGGGCCUGGCUGGGGUCCCGGGGGCGCUCGGGUUCCGGGCCGGCCUCGGCCCCUCCUCUGUGUCCUGGGCUCCGGGUCACCGAGGCCGUUCUCGCGUAGGGUGGGGGCGCGCGGGGGUCCUAAGUGAUGGGGUGCGUGGUCACCCGGGCCACCGGCUUUGUUUUCCUUUGUGGCGAGAAGAAGGGAGGGGGUUAUUUAUCGCUUGGCUUCUCAUUGCGGUGUGCGAGACAGCCUUGUGCUUCAAGCCUGUGAAAGCUGGGUGCCUGGGCGCCUCAGAGGCAGGGCUGCGACUUAGGCCACCCCCUCCCCCUACUUUGUCCAGAGUUUCCCCACAUAUUUCUUAGCAUAGCCUCCCUUUGGAAAGGGGGUCUAGAGAGAGAGAGAAGGGGGUGCAGUUCCAAUGAAUACUUGCGUUUGGGACGCCUUUCCUAGGUUUAGGGCAUUCCUUCAGUUUUUAUUCUACUGAUUCAUUGACCAGGGUCUUGGCCCUGUGGAAGGUGGGUGGUGUGUGUGUCAGGAGGUGUGUGUGUAUGGCAGGGUGACACGGGACUGCCCAUGUGCCCAGCUGCUUGUAGUUGUAAUUUUUCUAACCAGCUGAGAAGUCUUGACUCCUCAUGGCCACCCCCCCCUUUUUUUAACUUUGUUUAUUCCCCUCCCCCACCCCUCCCGUAAGGGACAGAGUGAAGAAUUGGAAAGCUACUCUGAUUUCCUGAAGGAGCCCCCACCCCAAAGUCAAUUUCUUGGGGUGGCGGUGGAGGGGGGCUUUUAAGUGGAGGAGGGCUGGGACACGCUAGACUCCAGGGCUCUGGUCUCCAGGGUGGGGAGACCCUGGCGUUGGUAGGGUCCUUCAGGGUUGGUGAUUGUGCAGAGAGCCGUGAGUGGAGAGGGGCUUGGGGGGUCAUGUGCAGUGUAUUUAUGUAAGACUCCCAGACAGAGGGCACUGGUAUUUAUAUAACCUGGCGUGGGUAUUUAUGUAAUAUAGGAUGCAGUAUAUUUAUGUUCCUUUCCUAACCUGUGGCUUUCCCAGAUGCCAUGUAUGGUCUCUGAGUCGGCGUUAGUGGAAACCCGGCUUUGGGGGGGGGGGGUGUUUGUGAGUACACAGCCAGCCCCCCCUUUCCUGUAGGGAUCCUAAGUGUGAGCCUCUACUCCCAUGUUCCCCUUGGCGGGUGCCCUUAGCAAGCUGGACCAUGUGUGGACCUGUGGUGCCAGGCUGGUGGGUUUUCUGCAGAUAUGCAGUCCUGUUCUUGGCAAUCAGGGCAACUCAGCCAUGUGGGCAAAGACCCAUGAUGGGAGAGCCCAGAGUUUGGCUGGCACCCAGCGGCAGCCACUUCCUUGUGGCUGGUAGAAGGACAGUGGUGGCUCUCGGGGACUUAGUACUAGGCUAGGGUGUCUCUCCUGGCUUGGCUCUCUCGCUUCUGGGGCUGAUGGAGGAGCCCCAGUGAAUCUCUCCUGGUUUCCUUCCAGGCCUGGUAUCUGGGGGCAGGCUUGGCACAGGGAAAGGGUCAGCACCCCUUACCCCCAAGCAAGCCAGCAGUCACUGUCUCACCGAAGGGUUUUACUUCUCAAGCCUGGAGUGAAAUAAGUUCUGGGUAGGAGGCCACCAGGUGGGCCAGCUGGACCCCUGUUUGGUCCUAGGUGAGAUUUCUACCAUUGGCUAGCUUCUGUGGGGAUGGUAGCAAGGCCACUCUGGGCUCCGGUUCCCAUCUAUCUGCCAAAGGAGUGCCCUCUUGUUCCCUCACACCAGCUCAUGUGUAACCAUGCAGAGGCACCAAGGAACCAGUCUCCCUGUCUCAUAGUUUACUAUUCCCUGCCUCCCCAUUCCCCAGCAGCCCAAACCUGCCCCCAUUCAUUGAGUCUUCUGUUUUGCUGACCUGGAACACAGGUACCCAACCUCUACCAGGCCAGUACAGAGGGAUCCCUGCCAUGGUCCAAUCCUUGUUAUCCAUGGGCUUGGGGCCUCCACCUCAUCUGAGGAAGGAGCAGGCUAUGCAGCUUAGACCCACAGGGAUGGGACCUGUCUCAGGAAGCCCUUACUUCCAGUCUUCAAGGAAGUCUCCCUGAGAGUCCGCAUAAGAUGUGUGUGCAGAAAGACCUGAGAAGUGGUUCUCUGUGGCCUGGGUAGAGCCUGGGAGGCCCUGGGAGGUACCUUGCCUUGCCUCUCUCAGUGGGGAUCAGGUCCUCUCAUAUGAGGCCUGCUGGAACUGGCCAGCUUAGCCCUCCAGAGGCAAGGAUAGAGGUGGGCAGCCUGUGGUUUCAGGAGUCUCGUGGUACCAAGGAGCUCUUUGACGUUCUUCCCUUUAUCCUGGAGGUUGCAACUUGCUGACGGGCUAUUAUAGCUUUCAGGAUGGUCUAUUUCUGUGGACCCCGUUCCUCCCAUUUCUAUCAGAUUCCUGGGGUCCAGGACGUCCCUGGGGUAUUUUAAGUGUCUCCAGAUUGUAUGCAGAGUGUAAAGCAUUUUGGAGAGACUUUUGGCCUUUUCACCUCUAAGGAUGGGUGGAGAUUCACUGCUGAGCACAAGACACUAGACAUGGCCCUUCCCUGUUGUUUACCCUUUGUCCUUGAUUUAGGGCCUUAGCCCAUCGUAGCCCAUCGGGUCUGCUUGGCGGUCCCUUCCUGGGCCUUGGCUCAGAGCCCAUCUUUUCUGAACUAAGUGAAACUUGUUCUAAACCUGCCUCGGCCGUGCCCAGGUUGAAGCAUGGAGUUGCGUGUGGGAAAUAAGUAUCGCCUGGGCCGAAAGAUCGGCAGUGGCUCCUUUGGAGACAUCUACCUGGGUGCCAACAUUGCCUCUGGUGAGGAAGUAGCCAUCAAGCUCGAAUGUGUGAAGACGAAACAUCCCCAGCUCCACAUCGAGAGCAAGUUCUACAAGAUGAUGCAGGGCGGAGUGGGGAUCCCGUCCAUCAAGUGGUGCGGGGCUGAGGGAGACUAUAACGUGAUGGUCAUGGAGCUGCUGGGGCCCAGCCUGGAGGACCUCUUCAACUUCUGUUCCCGGAAGUUCAGCCUCAAGACGGUGCUGUUGCUGGCCGACCAGAUGAUCAGCCGCAUCGAGUACAUACACUCCAAGAACUUCAUCCACCGGGAUGUGAAGCCCGACAACUUCCUCAUGGGCCUGGGGAAGAAAGGCAACCUGGUGUACAUCAUUGACUUCGGCCUGGCCAAGAAGUACCGCGAUGCCCGCACACACCAGCAUAUUCCCUACCGGGAAAACAAGAACCUGACCGGCACUGCCCGCUAUGCCUCUAUCAACACCCACCUGGGCAUUGAGCAAAGCCGUCGAGAUGACCUAGAGAGCUUGGGCUAUGUGCUCAUGUACUUCAACCUGGGCUCCCUGCCCUGGCAGGGCCUCAAAGCAGCCACCAAGCGUCAGAAGUACGAGCGGAUUAGCGAGAAGAAGAUGUCAACGCCAAUCGAGGUCCUCUGCAAAGGCUACCCCUCCGAGUUCUCAACAUACCUCAACUUCUGCCGCUCCCUGCGGUUCGAUGAUAAGCCUGACUACUCCUACCUGCGCCAGCUCUUCCGAAAUCUCUUUCACCGGCAGGGUUUCUCCUACGACUACGUCUUCGACUGGAACAUGCUCAAAUUCGGUGCAGCCCGGAAUCCCGAGGAUGUAGACCGGGAAAGACGGGAGCACGAACGGGAAGAGAGGAUGGGGCAGUUGCGAGGGUCCGCGACCAGAGCCCUGCCCCCUGGCCCACCUACAGGGGCUACCGCCAACCGACUCCGAAGUGCAGCCGAGCCUGUGGCUUCCACUCCAGCCUCCCGCAUCCAACAAACUGGCAAUACUUCUCCCAGAGCGAUCUCACGGGCCGACCGAGAGAGGAAGGUGAGCAUGAGACUCCACAGAGGUGCCCCUGCCAAUGUCUCCUCCUCAGACCUCACUGGGCGGCAAGAGGUCUCCCGGCUUGCAGCCUCACAGACAAGCGUGCCAUUUGACCAUCUUGGGAAAUGAGGAGAGCGACCACAGACCAGUGUUUGCUUAGUGUCUUCACUGCAUUUUCUUUAAAAAAAAAAAAAUUAAAUACAAAUAAGAGAAAGGACAGAAAGAAAGAACAGUUCACAUGAACAAAAAAGAGAAAAACAAACAAACCACAAAACCCACAACCCAGCACAAAGUCGACAAUGGAUUUUGUUUCUUUGAUUUAUUUUGCCAAUGGCAAAAAGACAAGACCUCGUUAGCACUGAGGAUUCUUGUUCCCUUGCCUUGCCCACUGCUCCCGACCUGAAGGCUGCCAACACUCCUCUAAGGACACUGGGUCACAUGCCAGCCACCUGUUCUCGCCACCGGCCACCACGUGCCGGGCCGCCAUCGGAGGUGCCUGAAGAGCUUGUGUCAGGGAGCGGUUUGGCCAGUCAGAGACAAGUCCCAAGAGAUUUCAUGGAGCCUUGGAUGACACACACGCCAUCAGCCCUUGGGUGAUGACAGUGACCAGUGUUGUAUGGGGCUUUCCCAGAAUCCCCUUCCCUGAGCAUCCUGGUCUCCCCCACACACACCUGUCACCUCUCUACAGAGACCCUGAGGGUGCGGUGAGAUGGAGGCCAUGAUGCCUUGUGUGACUGUGAGUGUGUGUGUGUAUGCAUGAGAGAGAGAGAGAGAGAGAGAGAGAGAGAGAGAGAGAGACUGAGAGAGAGAGAGAGACUGAGAGACUGACUGAGAGACUGACUGAGAGACUGCUGACUUGUAUUUUUCAGAGCUGCAGGUGGCCUGCCACGCCUGCCUGGCCAAGUUUCUGUUCCCCUCCUCCUAAAGUCAAGGUGGGGUGGACAAUGACUUCCACAUCCCUCAGGGCAUAGAGUCCUUGCCACCACCUGUCCCCAGAUGCCAGUGUGUGGCACCCCUCCCCCCCCAACUUCCAUUCCUGAUCUUAGGCAAGUUCUUGGAGUCUGCUCCCAGAUGGCAUCGGCUCUGAGAUACCGGUUACUUCCCUGGUCCUGAGAGUCACCUGUGGUCACCCCUCUUCCCAGGCCUGACUUCUGAGUAGGACCCUGGGUCAGGGCUAAGUGUUGAAUUUACCCUUCCUGGUUAACACCUGUUUUGUUGGUUUUUUUAUUAUUAUUAUUAUUAUUAUUUUUGUUUGUUUUCUCAGUGUGUGUAUUUCCUAAUUUAUUUACCUCUUUUUUUCCCCUUUCUUUCUUUUUUUUAAUUAAAGAGCAAAACUUUUUAUUACUUUGUAAUUUAAAAAACUGAAAAAAAAAUUACUGAAGAACUUUGGGGGGAAUUUUGUACUUUUUUCCUGUGUAAAUAUUGGACUUUUUUGAGCUUUAUUGUGGUUGUUAAUUUGAAGUAAUAAAGUAGAAAAGGACAAAGUGAUAUAGA